UACUGAAGGCAAGUAGCUGUAGAGUAAACUGUGUGUAAAGAGAAAGGAAAACGAGUGAAAAUAAUUUCAGCUUGUUAUACAAUAAAAUUUAUAACGAAAAAUAAAAACUCUUAAUACAAUAAUAAUUUUUGAUAAUAUGUUAAAACGAUUCAAAUCAGAAUCUGUGAAUAUAUUGUAGUGAGAAGAAACGAAUUUCCAGCAUAUAAAUUUAGUAAUCAGUCGAUUUCGUUCUGUGUAUUGUUCGCCUACCUGCCAUCUCGUUUGACGUAUUGGUUGUUGCCGUGCAUAUGUAUAACAAUUUUCAAUAUGGCCGCCUAACAAUGUCAGAACGUCGCGAUUUUAUAAUUUCUUUCGCGAUAGUUUUAUUAUCGAAAUGGAUCAUAAAAAAUCACCAAUUCGUCGCCAAAAACGUCAAUCGAAAGUGUUAGAGGAUAAUUUUUGGGAUUGUAGUGUUUGUACUUAUCGAAAUUCGGCUGAAGCCUUCAAGUGUUUAAUGUGUGACGUACGAAAAGGUACAUCGACGCGAAAACCUCGCCUUAAUUCGGCCUUAGUAGCUCAACAAGCCGGAGCUUCGGGUGUUCCAAAUGGCACAAGUACAACAAAUCCAAAGCCACCAAAAAUGUCCAGAUCGAAAACAAAACAUAAAAAGUAUCCAGCUCGUUUAACGAACGUCGAUCGCUCCUCAGCUCAAACGCGUGAAGUUACAGUUAAUUCUGUGACGGUGGUUAUAACAGAAUACAAGCCAAAACAAAUGACAUCGGCCACCUCACGACGAGAAUCGAGUGAGCAAAGCUAUAGUGAAAGCAAUGAUUCGCGCAGUUAGAACUGAAAUGAUCAAAUAAAAAAGAAAGAAAACAUACAUCAACAUAUACAGUGAAUAAUUUAAUGAUAAAUAAAAUUUUAAAAAGUAAAAAAAAAAUAUCUCGAAAAGCAUAGAAAUAAUCACCAUUUAAAUAUAAAAAUUCAACGAGGCACACUAAACAUUGCACACUGUGCACUUUUGUUGGUUAAAUAUAUUAUUAUUAUUAUUAUUAUUAUUGGUGUUAACGGCAUUAAUAUAGAACAAGAACAAAUGACAUGGAUAUGGACAUGAAACAUCCAGCAAUGGUACUGCUUACCAAAAAUAAAAUGGUGAUACUUCUCGCGGUGCAUUUAUAUUUAACGAACAAAACAUACAAAUCUGAUAUAUUACAUGUACCAUCAAUUGACGAUAUUUUGCAGAAAGUAUCACAUACGCGUCUCAUUUUAUUUUCAUACUUUUUGUUAUACGCUGUGAACAAGUGGGCGAGCAAAUGCGUCACUUUAACCAAUAUUCCACUAUUAUGAGAAGAAACUGAGAUCAGUAAACCGGGACGUUUACGUGGACAAUUAAAUUGGAUGAAUAAUAUCAUUCUAUAUGAAGAGGAAAUUAAAAUAUCGGCAAACGAUUGCUAAAAUGAGAGGAUACUAAAGCCGAAGUAGAAGCAAAGAAGAGAAAUGUUGCGUGAUAAAAUUUAACUAUAGGACAUUGUAAUAAAAAACAAUUAGAUAUGCAAAAAAUAUGGACAAAAGAGUCUUAUAAUUAUGGGAGUGGAACACUUUUUUUUAAAUCAAUAUAAAUUAUAUCGAAGGAAUAUGUGAAAGAAACUUAACACAUUAUUUGGAUUACAUAAAUUUAUUAGUAUACACAUACAUCAUUGAGGCGAAAAUCUGAUCUAUAUUUCACAAAACUCAAUUCAAUAACAUGUACUUUUAAUAAAUACUUUCAUUUGAAAUCCAAAACAAUUGAUUCAUUCGAGAUUUAUAUGUUUUCCAAAUGCUUGUUCAUUGUACUUAAGGGAAAAAAAUUAAAACAUUUUAAGAUAAUGCGUGAAUGCAUGCAGUUUCAUCAAACAAUAGCAUGCAAUCAUGUACAUGUAAAAAAAGACUCAACAUUCAAAGUUUCUUUUAUUAUUUUUUUUAUAUUAGUACACUAUACGUUAAUUUAUUUUUUUAAAUAAUAAUAAACCAAAUCAAAUUGCAUAUUUUUUCUUACAAUUUUAAUUAGAAUAUUUUGAUAAAUUUGUAACUGCCAACAAUGUUAAAAUAACCAUCGAACCAAUAGCAAAUAUACAUCAGUCAAAAUGUAGAGACCAGAAGAAUUGUCCUUUUUAUUUAAUAGGAUAUAAUGCACAUUGCACAUACUUCAAAUGGCAUAAUUACAAAGAAAAUAAA